AUGAUUGGAUCAACAUUAGUAGAAGGUGUUAAAUGCCUAUUUCUUGUUGAUCCAUUUGAUUGUGCUAAAGCUAAAACUAAUGCCGAUGUAGCUGCUGCAGAAGCUCAAAACAGUUAUCCAGGCAAAACAUUACAUAAUGGUAUUGGUGAUGCUUUGCGUCAUUGUUAUUGGAAUGCUUUAAUGACGAUUAGUGUUGGUCGGGAUCAAGCUAAGAAAGUUGCUGAUCUUCACGAGGAUAACAAUACAACGGGACCACUUGAAGAACGUGUAAUGGAUUUAAAAAAUAAUGAAAUCGGUCGACAAGUUGGUAGUGAAUCGAAAACGACUGGCAAAGCACGUGCUAAAUGUGCUGAUCAUGUUGAAACAGGUUAUUUACAACUAAAACCACAGAUAUUAAUAAAAGUGAUUUAUUUUCAAAAUGAACGUUCAUUGAUCAUCAUCAAGAAUUAUUUUUCAUUCAAAGUUUAA